AUGGCAAAUCGCAGAAAUGCUCCAGUCCAGCCAGUUGCAGCCUCUCCAGUUGCUCCUGAGCCAGACCAGGGGCAGCGAGUUGCACAGUUUCGUGGGUUUCACCCAGCGACUUUUAAUGGACAAGGAGAUUCUAGACAAGUUGAAAAAUGGCUACGCAACCUUGAUCUUAUCUUCGAGGUCAUGGGUUUUCCAGAGCGAAUUAAGAUCUUGUGCGCCCAACUUCAGUUGACGGGGGAUGCCGGACUUUGGUGGACAACCUACUGGGCCAUGAGGCCUGGGGAGAAGAAUAAUGUCACAUGGGAGCGGUUGAAGGAGAUAGUCAGGGAGAAGUACUACCCAGUUCACUACAGAGGUAGGAUGGAGAGAUUGUUUCUGAGUUUGGAGCAGGAUGAUCGGACCGUGGAUGAGUAUGAGCGCGAGUUUACUCGCCUCGGCUUCUUCGUGCCACAUCUUAUUGACACGGAGGAGAUGAGGACGAGGCGCUUCCGGGGAGGUCUACGUGGAGAGAUCCGUCACACCCUGACUGCUAUGGGUGCCAUGCCAUAUGCAGAGACAGUUUCUCGAGCCCAGCAAAUAGCAAAGAGCUUGAUGGUGGAGGCUAGUCGAGUCUGUGCCCCAGUCAGACAGCUAGUCCAGCCACUGGCUCUACCACAGCUAGCGCCACCUCAGCAGGCGCAACCUCAGCAGGCACAGAGACCCAACAAGAGAAGGUGGGAGGGUCGUAAUGAUCGGAGGAACAGAUAG